AUGUCGACCUCGGAGAAAGAGAUCAAAGUUUUACUCUUUGGCCUGGGAGCUAUCGGAGGCUUCUAUGUAUUCGUUCUUGGACGCAACGAGAAUGUGUCUUUAAGUGUGGUUGCAAGAUCAAACUAUCAACAAGUCAAAGAACAUGGCCUCCGCAUUGAAAGCCAGAAUCACGGCGACCAUAAAGUCAACAUCGACCAAGUUUACAAAUCACCAGACGAGAUCACAUCGGCCUUCGACUACAUAGUCUGCACACACAAAGCUGUGAACCCAUCGAAAGUACCUCCGAUUCUCAAACCUGCUACAAACGACAACACCACCUUCGUCAUCAUUCAAAACGGCGUUGGCAAUGAAGAGCCUUUCCGCACUACCUUUCCAAACAACACAAUCAUCAGCUGCGUAACCUGGGUAGGAGCGACACAAACCUCUCCUGGCCUUAUCAAACACACAAAGUCCGAAGACAUGCAAAUGGGUCUUUUCCCGAACCCUAAACUCAACUCUGAUCUCGAGCAACAAAGACUAAACACAUUCGCAACUCUCCUCGCCACCGGCCAGACCAUCUUCCAAGUCGAGAAGGAUAUUCAAAUCAAACGCUGGGAAAAGGUCGUUUGGAAUGCUGCUUGGAACUCUAUAACCACACUGACCGAUGUCAACACACAAGAUUGGCUCGCUUCCUCUCCCGAAGCCAUCCCAGUUACAAAACACCUCAUGCAUGAAGUUAUUGAUAUAGCAAUCCGGUGCAAGGUACCCCUCGACCACAGUCUAGCAGAUGGUUUGGUGGAUAAGAUAUCGGCCAUGCCCGGCAUAUUUUCAAGCAUGCAUACGGAUAUGAAGGAGGGAAGGGGAUUGGAGGUGGAUGUUAUUCUUGGAUAUCCGAUGAGGAUGGCGAAAGAGCUCGAGAUGAACGUACCGGUGCUGAGUACGAUUUAUGCAUUGACGACUGCUGUAAAUGGAAGGUUGAACAAGCUGUAG